GACAGAAGUGCAAAGCUGUCCUCCAACUUUCCUUCAAGACAAUCAGCAGAUUUGUCCUCAGGAACAAUGGAAAAAGGAAAGGAAAAAGGUGGACCACCUCAAGAAACCCUUCCGGACAUCCCAGCACCACCUUAUCCUGGUCCACCUUUGGACCAAAGUAUGCUUGUUAACCAGGAUCCACGUGCUGCUCAGGCUGCUCCCCAACUUGUAGCCCAGCAAUAUCCCCAGCAACAACCCCAGCAACAACCCCAGCAAUAUCCUCAGCAAUUUCCCCAGCAACAUCCUCAGGCUGCUCACCAUGUGUCUUACCAAUACUCCACACAGCAUGUUGUGCAGCCAGUGAACCAGGUGGUGGUAGUGCAGCAGUUACCUACAGAUGUUCCCGGCCAGAUGUUGUGUCCCCACUGCCAAAACAAUGUUGUGACAAAAAUCAGUUAUAAAGCAGGCGCGCUCACCUGGAUCAUUUGUGGAGUACUGGGAGUCUUUUUGUGCUGGCCUUGCUGUUUGAUUCCUUUCUGUGUGAAGAGCUGCAAAGAUGUAGAGCACUCAUGCCCUACCUGUAACCAAGUCCUGCACAUCUAUAAACGCAGGUGAAACCUCAGUCAUUCGGUUAAAUGUGUGCAAUGCACAUCACACCUGCAUCCCUGUGGACUGUUUAUGUUGUGUAAAAGCUACAUGUAAAAUUUAUUUAACUCUUAGAUCCAAUCAUCAACAUGUAAUAUAAAGUUAUGUCGUUUAAAGGUACUCAUUGCAAUGUCAUAGAGACAGGUUAGAAAAUCAUUCAAACAAAAUCCACCCAAUUGUUUUCUCACAUUGAUGGUUAAUGAAGGAAAAAAAUUUGACAGCUGCCAACGUGUUUAUCUACGUUUGUUUAUUUAUGGAAAUAGAGUGACUGAAAAAUAUGGAACAAUGAUGACAUCAGUGGAAGAGCUGUUUGGGGUCAAGAUGUACGACAAUUUCAAAUUAUUGAUACAUAUUUACACCCAGACUUGUUAUAUUUAUAUUGAGUGCAGACCCAUGUUUCAAAUUUGCAUACCAGUAUAUCUGAGCAACCUUUGAAGUAAACUCCUUCAAACUGCGCUAUUUGAUAGUUUUGAAUAAAAAAAUGCUUAACUUCAUAGCUUUCAAUGAGUACCUUUUKAUCUAUGUGAACUUGUUUUUCUGUUAUAAGCCAAUAUUACAGCCAUAAUUAUGUUUCUGUGUUGUGUUCAGUUUGUUCUAUUGUUAAAAGAAUGUUUACCAGUAAAGCAAACAUUUUUCUUGUGAAAAUAGAGUCUUGUGCUAAUGAAAUGUUAUUGGUUUUAAAUUAAAAAACUUAUUGCCACUAUUAACGCAAAUUUUAUGCAGAAUAAAAUAUGUUAGCAUAAGCAAAUAAAACAUGUUUGGACUACAGUUAACAUGUUCCAAAAUAAAAUGCAUAAAAUAAUUUGUUUACAACGCUGUAAAAUGUAUUUUUAAUAGAUUAUUACAAACAUGUCAUAAUCAUGUGACGUUACUCUCGUGUUCUGAUUUUUAAUAUUUGAUUGACUUUUAUUAAAAGCCCCUUCUAAAAGAAAC